AUGGCGACUCUGUCCCAUGCUGAUUCUAAAAGAAUGUAUUCAUGGUGGUGGGAUAGCCACAUAAGCCCCAAAAACUCGAAAUGGCUCCAAGAAAAUCUGACAGAUAUGGAUGCCAAGGUGAAGCAAAUGAUCAAGCUUAUUGAAGAAGAUGCAGAUUCAUUUGCCAGGAGGGCAGAAAUGUAUUAUAAGAAACGCCCAGAGCUUAUGAAAUUGGUUGAAGAAUUUUACCGUGCAUACCGGGCAUUGGCUGAGAGAUAUGAUCAUGCAACUGGAGUGAUACGCCAGGCCCAUAACACUAUGGCUGAAGCAUUUCCUAAUCAACAAAACCCUCUGGGAAUGGCAGAUGAUUUACCUGCAGUUUCUUCCACGGAGACUGAGCCACAUACACCAGUGACAAGUCACCAUUCACAUACAUUUCUUGAUCCAGAUGAAUUGCAAAAGGAUGCUUCUACUCAUUUCCAUGCUAUCCAAAGAAAUGGAUGCUAUUCUGAUGAACAUGAUUCUGCUAUAAGCAGAAAGGGUUUGAAACAGCUUGAUGAUCUCUUCAUGUCAGGAGAACCUGUAAGUCAUGCGAAGUUUGCAGAAGGGGGUGCUAGAAGGGGGCUCAAUUUUCAAGACAAAGGGGAGAUUGAUGGGCUAAACAAUGGAAGCCAUGAUAAUAGGGCUCAAGUCUUAUCUGAGUCUGAACGGAUGACCAAAACUGAGACAGAAAUUUUGGCCUUAAAGAAAGCCCUUGCUAAAUUAGAAAGUGAAAAGGAAGCUGGCUUGCUUCAGUAUCAGAAGAGUUUGGAGAGAUUAUCUAAUCUGGAAUCAGAAGUGUAUCAUGCAAGAGAGAAUUCUCAAGGACUUGAUGAACUAGCAAGCAAAGCUGAAGCUGAAGUUCAAACCUUGAAGGAAGCCCUUACUAAAUUACAAGCUGAAAGAGAAGCAAGUCUUCUUCAGUACCAGCAGUGCUUGGAGAAAACAUAUAAUCUGGAGAAAAAUAUUUCUUCUGUUCAAAAGGAUGUAGGAGAACUUAAUGAACGAGCUACUAAAGCUGAAACUGAAGCUGAAUCCCUAAAGCAGGACCUUGCUAGAGUUGAAGUUCAAAAGGAAGCUUCCCUUGUUCAAUAUAACCAGUCCUUAGAGACAUUGUCAAAACUGGAGGAGAGGUUGGUACAACGUGAGGAGAACGCAAGGGAAAUUAAUGAGCAAGCUAAUAUAGCUAAAAAUAAAAUUGAAGCCAUGAAGUUAGAAAUUGCUAAACUUACUGAAGAGAAGGAGGAAGCAGCUCUUCGUUAUCAGCAAUGCUUGGAGAUAAUUUCCAGUUUGGAGCAUAAACUCUCAUGUGCCGAAGAGGAGGUGCAUGGGCUAAAUUGCAAGUUAAAUGAUGGGGUUGAAAAGUUACAAGGUUCUGAACAGAAGUGUCUUCUCUUAGAAACAUCAAAUCAGACUCUGCAAUCCGAAUUGCAAUCUUUGGCACAGAAGAUGGGGUCUCAAAGUGAAGAACUAAGCGAGAAGCAGAAGGAAUUGGGUAGACUUUGGACAUGCAUACAAGAGGAACGGUUGCGAUUCAUUGAGGCUGAAACUGCUUUCCAAACUCUUCAGAAUUUGCAUUCUCAAUCUCAGGAAGAACUUAGAUCUCUUGCUGCUCAGCUUCAUAAUAAAGCUGGAAUUCUGGAGAAUAUGCAAUCCUGUAAGCAGGCUUUACAGGAUGAAGUACACAAGGCCAAGGAGGAAAACAAAAUUCUAACUGAUCUCAAAUUGGCUUCAUCUUUGUCUAUUAAAAAUUUGCAGGAUGAGAUUCUAAAUCUGAGGGAGACAAUAAAGAAACUUGAACUGGAGGUUGGACUGCGAGCAGAUGAAAGAAAUGCCCUGCAGCAAGAAAUUUACUGUCUUAAAGAGGAGCUCAAUGAUGUGAAUAAAAGACAUGAAUCCAUGAUGGAGGAGGUCAGAUCAACUGGUUUAGACCCACAGCUCAUUGUCUCAUCUGUGAAGAAUUUGCAAGAAGAGAACUCAAAGCUGAAAGAAACAUGUGAGGCUGACAAGGGUGAGAAAGCAGCUCUAAAGGAAAAACUAGACACCAUGGAGAAGCUUUUGGAGAAAAAUGCUGUUCUGGAGAAUUCCCUUUCUGAUUUGAAUGCUGAGCUGGAGAGCGUCAGAGGAAAGGUAAAGGUAUUGGAAGAAACUUGUGAAUCUUUGCUUGGGGAGAAAUCCACUCUUGCUGCUGAGAAGGGCACCUUGUUUUCUCAGUUACAAACUACAGCUGAAAAGCUGGAGAAGCUCUCAGAAAAAAACAACCUUUUAGAAAAUUUACUAUUUGAUAUGAAUGCUGAGCUUGAAGGAUUGAGGGUAAAGUCAAAUACUUUAGAAGACUGUUGCCUGUUGCUUGACAAUGAGAAGUUCAGUCUCAACUCUGAGAAAGAGACCUUAGUUUCACAAUUGAACAUUACUCGUGGAACACUGAAAGAUCUUGAGAAACAAUGUAGUGAAUUGGAACUACAGCAUUUGGAUCUAAAAGCAGAAAGGGAGUCUGCACUUCGAAAGGUGGAAGAGCUACUGGUUUCCUUAUAUGCUGAGAGGGAAGAGCAUUCCAGAGUUGUGCAAUUGAAUGAAGCUUACUUGGCUGAGAAGGAAUUACAAAUUCAUAUUCUACAAGAAGAUGCAAAUUGCCAGAAAAAGGAAUAUGAGGAAGAACUAGACAGAGCUGUACAUGCUCAAAUGGAAAUUUUCAUCUUGCAGAAAUGUAUACAGGAUUUGGAGCAAAAAUACUUCUCCCUUCUAGUUGAGUGUCAGAGACUCUUGGAGGCAUCCAAAAUGUCUGAUAGAUUGAUUUCUAAAUUGGAGAAUGACAAUGUUCAAAAGCAGGUUAAUGCGAAUUUGUUGUCUGAGAAAAUUAAAACUCUAAGGAUUGGGCUGCUUCAGGUGUUAAAGACUCUUGACAUUAACAGCAAGCAUUGGUGUGAAGAUAUGAUUGAAGAAGACCAGGAGCUUCUGAACCAUAUACAUGACAAACUUCAGGAGACACAGAAUUCUUGUGUCACAAUUUUCAAUGAAAGCCAGCAAGUGGCUAUUGAGAAUUCAGUUCUUGUUACAUUCCUUGGGCAGUUGAAAUUAAAGACUGAAAAUCUUUUGACUGAAAGAGAUGCCCUUGAUGAGGAGUUGAAGAUCCAGUCUAAGCAGUUCUUGGCAUUGCAAGCAGAGGUCCAGAAUAUACUGGAGAAGAAUCAGGAAUUGAAGGUGACAAAAAUUAGGGGAGAAGAGAAAAUGAAAGUAAUGACAUCUGAAAUAGAGAAUCUAUGCAAACAGCUGUCAGACUUGGAAGAGGCUCACAGAAACAUAAAGGAAGAAAGCUAUAAAACAUUUGAAGAGAAAAGUUCCUUGAUGAGAAGAUUUCUAGACCUGGGUGAAGAGAAAAGUAACUUGGAAGAAGAAAUCUGCAUCAUGAUUGAUGAGACAAUAGCUCAAUCUAAUAUUUCUCUCAUCUACCAGAACAUUGUCUUUGAACAACUCCUGGUACGUAAAGAGCUUAGCAAAGAUCUUGAUAAACUUUGUUUAGUAAAUACCAACCUUGAGGAGAGGUUAAAAAUAAUGAUGGGCAAACUGGAAGAUGCACAAAUGGAAAAUUCAUGUCUUAAAGAGUCUUUUGUAAGUUCGAACAUUGAACUAAAAUUAGUUGAGACUGUCAAUGAUCAAUUAAAUUGUCAUAUUAGUAAUGGAAAGGAGUUGUUGACUCAAAAGGAAAACGAGAUUUUGGAAGCAGCAGAGAUGUUCAGUGCUUUACGUGAUGAGAAAACAGAGUUGCAUAGAUUGGUGGAAGAUCUGAAGAGCAGGUACGACGAGGCCAAGGUGAUACUUGAAGACCAAGCUAGUCAAAUUUUGAAAUUAUCCACAGACAAGGACCGUCAAAAUGAAGAGCUUGGAUGUGUUUGUGAAGUGAAUCAGAAGUUAGAAGCUGAAAUAAGGGACUUGAAUCAAGAACUUGGGGAAACUAAACUGAGGGAAGAGAAGUUAAGUUAUGAACUACUCAAGGGAGCAAAUGAGGCUGAACAAUGGGAAACUCAGGCUACCACAUUCUACACGGAACUGCAAAUUUCUGAUGUCAAUGAGACCUUAUUUGAAGACAAGGUCCGUGAGCUAGCUGAAGAAUGUGAGAUGUUUGAACUCAGAAGCAAUUCCAAAGGUAUGGAAAGUGAAAAGCUGAAAGAAAGAGUUAACAAGUUGGAAUGUGAAAACGGGAGACUACGUGGUCAGUUGGCUGCUUAUGUUCCAGCUAUCAGUGGUUUGAGUGACCGUAUAACAUCCUUGGAGAUGCAGACGCUUUUACAUGCAGAUCCUCAUGACCGCAAAGAAUCAAAGGUUAAAAAUUUGGCGAAUCACACGUACACUGAAGGUGGUCCACAAACACGUGAAGGUCAGAAUGCUAUGGCAACAGAUGCACAAACAGACUUCCAAGACAUGCAGCAAAGGAUCAAUGCAAUUGAAAUGGCUGUUAAAAAGAUGAAUGAAAGUUUCCAACCUAAGGAUGAAAUGAGAGAGAUUCAAGAGCAUCAAGGUGGACCUGCUGAUGAACGGAAGACAAGGAAAUCAGUGUCAGAUAUCCUUGUAGAAGAAAUUGAAGUUCUGCCAAAAGACAUCAUGCUUGAUCAAACGACUGAAUGUUCAUCAUAUGGGAUAAGUAGGAGAGGAACUCAUAAGUUUGAUGAUCAGAUGCUCGAAUUGUGGGAAACUGCUGAUGAGGAUGGCAUUAUUGGCCUGACAGUUGGAAAGGCACACAAGACAGCCACAUCACCUGCUGGAUACCAUCAAAGGAGAGCAACCAAGGAAUCCAAAAACAAAUAUCCUUCAGUAGAGUCCUUGAUUGAAAAGGAGUUGAGUGUGGACAAGUUAGAGAUCUCAAGAAGAUUGACUAAGCCACAGCCUCAUCAAGAAGGCAACAAGAGGAAGAUUUUAGAGAGACUUGAUUCUGAUGCUCAAAAGUUGACAAACCUUGAAAUUACCGUACAGGAUUUGAUGAACAAGGUGGAAAUUACUGAGUUGAGCACACAUGGAAAAGGUAUUGAGUAUGACACAGUGAAAGGGCAGCUUGAAGCUGCUCAGGAGGCCAUCACAAAGUUGUUUGAUGCCAACCGCAAGUUGAUGAAGAAUGUAGAAGAGGGUACCUCGUCCUUUGCUGGGAAGUCUACAACUGAGUCAGAUGAGAGUGGAGGCGUUAGCAGAAGGAGAGUUUCAGAACAGGCUCGGAGAGGGUCAGAAAAAAUAGGACGGCUGCAGUUGGAGGUGCAAAGACUGCAAUUUUUACUUCUAAAACUGAAUGAUGAAAAAAAAGGCAAAGGGAAAACAUUGAUUGAUGAUCGAAAUCCAAAAGUUCUAUUGCGAGAUUACCUCUAUGAUGGGACGAGAAAGAAGUACCAGAAGAGGAAGAAGAAAGCACCCUUUUGUGCAUGCAUACAGCCUCCGACCAAGGAAAAUUGA